AGAUCACGUGAGAGGUCACGAAGAUUAUUAACUAUUGUCUGGUCGCUGCAGGAACGUGUGUUGGGUAUUCUCAUCGUGGGAGUCGUGAAAGCGGAGAAACGACUGCACGGGGAUCGAGAAAUGAGUUGGAAUCUGAGAAUAUAAUGGAAAGUUUGUCUGUUUAGUAAACAGUUGCCUUUUUGAUCGAUUUUCUUCAUUAGCCAUGAGGUUAUAGGGACUAUACACUACUGGUCGUGACCGUGCUAUAUUUAGCAAUAUGUUGGGUAGAACUUACAAUCGCAGACGCUGCACAAUGGCGCAAUUGAUUUUACUCUGUUUCUCACUUUUUUGUCGACUACAAUUUGUACAUUUGACGUCGUAUAGUGAGUAUGUCUCAAUUGAAGUAGUGGUUUUGUUGCAAGUGUUGUAUGAUGGGCAAAAUUGAGAAUUCUAUUUUUGUUUGCCAAUUAAAGUAAGCACUUUUAUGAAAACCACCUUGUAAACCGAUUGGAGAGCAUGCACGUUUUCCGGAAAAUUAGUGCUGUGUAGAGACGGGGAGGGACCGUCCUUUACUUCAUUGUUGCACAGUCUUAUAUAAAGUGAGAUAAGUCGUAGCUUGAGGUAUAUUCUGGUCAAAUCAAGGUAUCGAGAUGAACCCGCUUUUGGUCUUAUCUAUUUGGAUUGUGGCACUCGUGCCAACACCGACGUCUGCGAUUCCAAUUUUCAACGAUGUGCCAACGAAAACGAGUCUUACAGAUGAGAGUCCUUCUGUUGGUGGAGCCAUGAACUUGUCUCUGCCUGUGUCGAAACGAUCAAUUAAGAGCAGUUGCUGUACUCAAGAUUCCUAUACUCCUUGGAGAGAUCAGUUAACCUUUGGCACCGACCCUAUAGACAGAGUUCUGUGUCCUUAUGUCAUGAAAUGUCAUUGUAAUCCGGAUCUUGUUCCAUCUCAGUACUGGGUAGCUGAACUUAGGACAUCGAAUGAAGAGACGUUGUGCGAGAAGAUGUUUACGAAUGCCCACUGCCAACCCAUGAGCUCUGUCGUCGGCUUUAUUGCUAAGAAAGGUGCAGACGGUAAAGAUAUCGUCGACUGCGCGUCUACCAAACCAGGAUUGAAGAAGAUCGUUGCUUCCUUUAUCUGUAUGGCCGACAGCAAAGAAUUAACGUUCAGGCCGCGGAUUAAUUAACCGACUGACAUUAGAUGUUUGAGACACGAUAUUUUAUUCGCUUAUUCCGAUGUAUUGACAGAAUGUUAAGUGUUGUAGACAUUUUAUACCAGAGUCUAUUUUAUGUGAAAUAUAUAUAAUACAAUGUUUUUCUACAAUA